AUGAGAUCAAAAAGUCCUUUAGUCUCACCUUAAAAUUAUAAGAUAACUACUAAUUUACUAACUCCAACUUAGAAACAUCAUGUGUCCCAAUUAUCAACUGGAUAAAAUAAUUCCAAUUCACCUCAGACCGAUUUUAGACUUAAAAAAAGAGAAUUUUAGCUUUCAACUCCAAAUUAGGUUCUGGAUAAACAAAAAUUAAUUUCAACUGCAAAUAACUACUAUCAUCCUAAUAGUAUAUAAAGAAUACAGACUUCUGAAAGCCCUGCCAAAAUUUUAUUUAAAACAGGGUAUGAGCAACAAUAAGAAAUAAAAAAGCUAACUUAAGAAAAUCAAAAUUUAAAGGAACUUGUAAGAAAAUAGGAAGAUUAAUUAAAAUAAUUUUUUGAAUUAGAAAAUAUUUUAGAGUAAAACAAAUAGCUCCAAGAAAAAAUAGAAAAAUUAGAGUAAGAAAAUUAUAUCCUUCGAUAAGCUCAAGAAUAAGUUAACAAAAGUAAAGAUGAUUAAUGA